AUGACAACAAGUCGCUGGCUGCUACUCAGUUUGCUACUCUAUUUGGGCGGCCAAGAGGCCUCCACGGGUGUGGUUGAAAACUUCAGUGAUGGCCUGAAAAUGGCCGGACAAAUGUUUGGCAUCAAUACGGCCGCGGAUGUGGCCAAUCUGGUGGCCAAAGCCUUUGCCGGCAAUUCGAUGACUAAAGUACCCAAUCUCGUGGGCUAUGUGCAGAAAACUUUUCAGGGUGCGCAGGAAAACAAAAACGAUGAUGAUGAGGACCAAGCGGAGGAAUUGGAAACGGAAAGUGCCCAGGAAGAGCCACCGGUGGAGAACAGCAACCGCAGACCACCUCCACUCUCCUUCGACACAGGGCAAAUAUUCACGAAUAUGCUAAGGAUGGUGGGAUUUGACACACGCAAAAUUGGAGCCCUAGCUUUGAAUGCCUUGAUCAUGAUUGCCCAGGCGAUUGGCGGCUCCCUAAUGCAGGCCACCCGAGGAGGCGGUGGAUCCUUGGUAGAUGCCUCGACAUCGCUGUUCGAGCCCAGCGACCAUCGACCGCGUUCUCUGUCCAUGAGUUCGCCAAUCGAUUGGUUUAUGCAACGCAAUGACCGACAUAGCAAAGGACUAAUCAAGGAUAUCAUGGAUCGGGAUCUGCCCGAAUACAUUGUGGAUAUGAUCGAGGCGAAGGAGAAACCGGAGGAAGGACAGAAUGCUGGCUGUCUGAAGCUUCUCAUGUGCAAGGGCAAACCCAUAAUUUGGGGAAUGCAGGAAUCGCUGAAGAAACGUCUGGCUGGUGAACCCGAACCACAAGAGGAUUUCGAUAGCUACUUAAACAAAAGAAUUUUCUUUAAGUAUUUGCCCAGUCUUGAGGAUUUCAGGGUGCAUAGUGCUAAUUGUGAGACAAAAUACCAUGAGGAAUGCCCUAAGAAUGCAACAACCGGAAGUUUUUUUUAGGAUAACUAAAUAAUUUGUUUUAAUUUAUUUUGGGGGAGGAUAACAAAAAAUAGAAUAAUAUUUCAUUCCCCUACGAUUUGGUAUUAUAUUUUAAAUUAAUUGAUUAAUUGAUUUGAUACCAAAGAAGUUAUCCACAAAAGUAUUGCUUUUAAUAGUUUUUUAUAUAAACUUAUUUUAUACACAACUAAGUUCUUUGAAAAUAAAUAUUGUGAAAAAUUGUUAUUUUUAUUUCAACAAAUAUUUAUAAAAUACAGAAAUCCUAUGUAUAUUAUAGAAUGUUUAAAAUUAGUCUGAACAAUUUUCCACUAAUCACAAUCAGUGAACCGAACAAUACCCGACUGUUUAACUGUUUAAUGAUGAAUUCGACAUUCCGAUGUAGUGAAGGAUGAUUAAG